AUACCACAGGCUCUGCCAGGAGAAAGGAGCAUUCUGAGGAGAGUCUACACACUGUGAAGCUCAAGAUGGUCCUGAGUGGGGCGUUGUGCUUCCGAAUGAAGGAUGCGGCCUUGAAGGUGCUUUAUCUGCAUGAUAACCAGCUUCUAGCCGGAGGGCUGCAUGCAGGGAAGGUCAUCAAAGGUGAGGAGAUCAGUGUUGUCCCCAACCGGUCUCUGGAUGCCAAGCUGUCUCCAGUCAUCCUGGGCAUCCAGGGAGGGAGCCAGUGCCUGUCGUGUGGGACAGGGCAGGAACCGACUCUAAAACUAGAGCCAGUAAACAUCAUGAAACUCUACCUUGGUGCCAACGAAUCUAAGAGCUUCACUUUCUACCGGCGGGACACAGGGCUCACCUCCAGCUUCGAGUCAGCUGCCUACCCAGGCUGGUUCCUCUGCACUGUGCCCGAAGCAGACCAGCCUCUCAGACUUACCCAACUCUCAGAGGAUGCCAGCUGGGGCAACCCCAUCACAGACUUCUACUUCCAGCAGUGUGACUAGGGCAAUGCACCCCCCAGAACCUACCUGGGCAGAGCCGGCUCAGG